AUGACAAACUCAACCGAGAUCAGCUAUGGUGGCACGGGAUGCUUGAAUGGAAACAGUGAAGAAAGUGGGUCAUUGAAAGAUGCUGAUAAAAUGUCAGAGGAUUUGGAUGAGUUGAAUGUGGAAGAUAAAAAUGGAGAAGAGUGUAGUGUGGACUUUGAGUAUGAAGAGGAAACCCAUGUUGAUGGUACUGAUGCAACAAUAGAUAUCAACAAUGAAGAUGACAUCCUAAUGAUUGAUCUUAAGAAUUUAUGUCCUGAACAAGUCUCGAUGCUGAGCUUUAUUAGCUUGGAUAUUGCUUAUUUAUUCUAUACUUGGUAUGGAAGGGUGAAUGGGUUCUCAGUUCGUAGAAGCAGUAUUCUGCGGAGCAAAACAAGUAAUGAAGUAUUGCAGCAGACCUUUGUGUGCUCUAGGGAAGGUAAACGUCGACUCAGCUGCUUAAACAUGGAAGACCGAAAGCGACGGGCAAAAAAUGAGACAAGGCUAGGAUGUGAAGCCAAGUUCAGAGUCCACAUCCAUAUUGUUACUCGACGUUGGUAUGUGACUAUUUUUGCAUUUGCACAUAAUCAUGAACUUUUGGAUGGACUAUCUUGUGGAAUGUUGCCUGCUUAUAGGAAAAUGAAUGAGUCUGAUGUUGUUCAAAUGAAUAACAUGAGGAUGGCUGGUAUAGGUGCACAUGAUAUUUUUAGUUCCUUUGCAAUGCAGUCAGGUGGUUAUGAGAAUGUUGGUUUUAGACAGAAAGCAAUUUAUAAUCAAGUAGGAAAACAGAGGGCAGAACAUGAAUCUGAUGGUGUGGCCGCAUUGAAGUACUUGAAACAAUUACAAAUAUCUGACCCCGAGCUUUUUUUUCGGUACAAAGAGAAUAGUGAAGGUAAAUUGGAGCACCUGUUUUGGAGUGAUGGAAUGAGCCAAAUUGAUUACAAAGCAUUUGGUGAUGUGGUUGCUUUUGAUGCCACGUACGGUAAAAACAAGUAUAGGUGUCCUCUGGUGUUUUUUUGCGGCGUUAAUCAUCAUCAACAAACCAUUGUGUUUGCUUCUGCAAUUGUUGGGGAUGAAAAGGAACCUGCGUAUGUUUGGUUACUCCAAAGACUAAUGGAAGUUAUGAAAGACAAGGCACCUACGUCAGUCAUCACAGAUGGAGAUAUUCCAAUGAAGAAAGCAAUAAAGCUUGUGCUACCUCAAUCCCAUCACAGGCUUUGUGCUUGGCAUUUGAGUCGGAAUGCAACCUCAAACUUGCAUAAUCCUAAAUUUACAGCUGCAUUCAACCAUUGCAUGCUUGCUGGGUAUUAUGACAUAGGGACAUGGAAUAAAAAAUGGACAGAGAUGGUGGAUAAGUUUGAGUUGCAUGAUAAUGGAUGGGUUCAGGAAAUGUAUGAAAAAAGGAGGAUGUGGGCUGCAUCGCAUAUGCGUGGCAACUUUUUUGCUGGAUUUCGCACAACAUCCCGUUGUGAGGGUCUUCAUUCUAAAAUUGGGAAGUUUGUUAAUUCAAGGUGUAAUAUAACAGAGCUGAUCCAACACUUAUGCAGGUUGAUGAAUCAUAUUAGGUAUAAAGAAAUUGAGGCUGACUUUAAUUCAUCUUAUGGUGAGGCUGUGUUGGAGACUAAAUUCCAAAAUCUUGAGAGGUCUGGUGCCAAUGUCUUUACAAGGGAGAUAUUCUCCAUGUAUCGUGCUGCACUACAUAGGUCAGGAGAUUCCAUUGUUGUAGGCUACAAAGAAACAUCCAGCCAGUAUAUAUUUUUGGUUUCAAAAUAUCGUGGUUCCGGACGUGAGUGGCAUGUCUCAUUUCAGCCGUCAACAUUUUUUUUCCAAUGUGCUUGCAAAAGGAUGGAAUCCAUGGGUCUUCCUUGUCACCAUGUACUUGCAGUCCUUGUUUAUCUUGAUGUCUGUGAAUUGCCAAAAUGUCUAGUUCUGCAGAGAUGGACAAAGUUUGCAAAGGAUGAUGUGGACAAGAAUGCAAUGUUAGGAUCAAAACACUUGGAUUCCUUCUUGAUUAGUAGGUAUGGUGCCUUGAUGAGUCAAUACAGGGAAUUAGCCUCAUUUUCCUGUCGUAGGCUUGAAGAUUUUCAUAAUGAAAGAGAUCGAGCGACAAAAGCUGUGCAAGAAUUGAAGUCAAGGGCAAUCAAGGACUGUGAUGAAGAAGUUGAUGAUUUGGGUAAUUCCUUUAUUGGCCUCAAAGAUCCUAAUGUUGUUAGGACUAAAGGUAUUGGUUGUCCAGGUUCGUCAAGUGCAGCUGGAAAAAACAAAGGCAACAAGAGGAAAGGGAGUAGGAAGUGCUCACAAUGUCACCGAUAUGGUCAUAAUAAAACUACUUGCAAGACUACAACUAAAGCACGCCAGAUGACAAAAAAUACUGAUGCGGAGACUGUGCCUACCCAAGAAGAAUCAUAUGCAAAUGUUGGGUAG